AUGGCUCGCCCACAACCAUCGCAGCCAAAGCCCGCUUCGCCCCCGCCACCGUACAGCGAGUUUGCCGACUCUGCCUCCCAGCCGCCGUUGGCGAUGAGUGCACCAGAGAAUGUCUCGGCCAUUCCCUCAUUUCCUGCUCACCCAGGCUACGGUCCUACGCCCAUUGCACAACAGACUCAGCUCCUCCCUUACUAUGAUCCGCGCUCACCGCACGCCAUUGCGGAGGCUACUACCCGUGCGCGCUGGCGCUUUCUCGGCGCACUAUUCUGGGCGGUCGUCAUAUUGUCUGUCGCCAGCUUUAUGACCGGUUAUGAGGUGCAGCUCAGAGUACACGGUACGCACCGUGGUGGAUGGGGCGUGUUCAGCGACCACGAGGACUGGCGAGAGUGCUGCGCGCGUUUCUGCCCCUCUGCUGUCCUCGUUGCCGUCCUGGCUGUUGAUGUUCUAAGCCCACCUUCCUCUCGCUUCAACUUGUUGCUGCCUCCUACCACUAGCAAACCUGUCAAGAGUAUUAUACUGUCGUCUCAUCUGCCCAGCCUGGCUUCCCUUGUAUCCGGCCGUCCUCUCUCUUCCGCCGUGGCUUCCCAUCCUUCUGGUGAGGAGUUUAUUAAUCGCUCCCUCCUAGAUAGCGUCGACGCACAGGCAGACGCAGAGCCCAUCUCUUCUUCUGACUCUGAAGCUCCCGGAAACUCUGUAAACACCUUUGGCUCGUUGUCCUCUGCAUCAUCAAUGUCUAUAGGCUCUCCGUCGGUUCCAUACCACAUCCCAAUGCAGUCCCAACAACCGCCUGCUCGUCCUGACUCACCUAGCAACAAUAAUAUUUUCCCCAGCCAUCUGAAACCCUCACAGCAUUCGACCGAUCCGUACUCCAUGGGUACUCCGCACACGAAUACCAACCAAUCAGUGUAUAAUAACAUGAACAGCAUUCAUAUCCCCACUUCUGACUUCGCCCCUUUAUCCUCGGAGCCUGACGCUCUUAAUUACGCUGCCAAAGUGAACGGGUUCGGAUCGGGACCUUUCAGGACUUCCGCGUCCUUCAACCCAUUCCCUGCUCGUACACGCCAUAACACCGUUCCCUUCCGAGACACCUCAUCGAGUUUCAACACAGUCGGUUAUCCUGGGCAAUCUGCGGAUCUGUUCGGUGGUCCCAACUCACAGUCGCAGGCCACUUACGCAUUCGAUUCCGUCCACCAUCCCGGACGACCACACGACUACACCACCGUGGGACCACAAGCGAAUGUUCCGAACGGCAUGUCUCAAAGCAAGCAACAUUCCUUCGGCGUCGAGUCUUUCCGCCCGGGGGCGGAGCCGUCGACUCUUCAAGUGAAUCAACAGGGCUCGAUGUCUCUGCAUCCGUCGGGACCGCAGCCGUCGUUUCAAGGGCAAUUCGCCAACGGGAUGUCGCAUGGGCUUCCUAAUCAUAACACGUUACCUUCUACGCAGUUCGGACCCACACUUUCCGCUAAUGGCCCCGGGUCUGGGCCUAGCGUUGGAGGGCAAGGCGGUACGGUCGCGGGGGCCUCUGGAAUGAAUCAUGCGAAUGGCAAUACUCAGGCUCAGCAGCAGGAAGAGAUCUCGACUAUAUUUGUCGUGGGUUUCCCAGAAGACAUGCAGGAACGCGAGUUCCAGAACAUGUUCACGUUUUCUCCCGGAUUUGAGGCGGCGACACUCAAAAUUCCUAACAAAGAGUUCACCGCGUAUGGUUCCGCAAGCGCUCCCACGGGACCUAACGCGCGCCUCUAUCCAGGUUCCAACGACCCGUACAACUUGGUAACUGUCAAUCAAGGUGGUGUGGUUGUUGACGGUGGACGUGACGGUACGACGACGUCAUGGCCCGCCGCGCCCAUGCAGAACGAUGAAAGCCAUUUUGUUCCGUCGAAUCUUCCUGUGCAGCCGCCUCGCAAGCAGAUCAUUGGCUUUGCAAAGUUUCGUACUCGUCAGGAGGCACUUGAAGCACGUGACAUUCUCCAAGGCCGUCGGGUCGACAUUGAACGUGGUGCAGUUUUGAAAGCAGAGAUGGCGAAGAAGAAUUUACACACGAAGCGAGGCCCUGGCGUUCCCCCGGGCAUGCCUCUAAAUUCGUUGAUGAACGGCGUUAACGGUUCUAUGCCUGAAACGCUUGUCAAUUUCUCAGGCCUGAAUGGUUUGGCUGGAUUGGGAGGUUCUACCAACGUUGCGGGCGAGGCCUUUGCUCAGAGGGACCGCGAACUUGGUGCUUUAGGAGCGAUGGGUAUUGCUGGACUUGGCCAGCGCCGGGACCGAAUAGAAGGAAGGGACGACGAGGAGCGCGAGCGACGACGCGCCGAGCUCGCAGCCGUGGGUGUCAUGAACUUCAGCGGUCUUGGCUCGCGUGGCGCACGCGAGCGCGCCGAGGAAGAUGAGCGCGAGCGCGAACGGAAGCGCAAGGAGAAGGAGGCGGCUAGAUUACGGCAGAACUCAAAUGCGUUCGAGGCAUUUCAUUCUGUGCCACAGCAGAUGGUACGACAGGGCGCUAAUUCGGUCCUCUCGGCGGAGAAUCCUGUGCUUCCGAAUGCUGGAUCGACUGCCCCUUCGCCGCCUGCGCUGCAUACUACACCGUCGCAAAAUGGGACGAGCGCAGCGACCAGCCCAUGGAGCAAUUUACGGGACGUAGGAAUCAGUGCUGCGCUUAGGAAGAUGCCGGUGCCUGUACUUCCGCCUUCUCUCCCGCAGCGUCCUUUGUCGCCCUCUCAGCGCUCACCGCCUAUAGGAUUCGAUUCGUCCGUUCCGUUCAUGAUUUCUUCGCAGAAUGGCAACGGUGCAGGCAUUUGCAGCGUUCCAUUCUCCCCACAGUCGAACCCCUCAUCGCUCCCUGGCCAUCCCUCGUUACCUUCUCGGCCUCGUGCUGGUUCACCGGGUAUCGAGCAGCCACAGCCCAUGGUGAUUGCGCAGUCUGUUUCCGCAGGCCCGCCGUCUCUACCUGACUCGAAUGCCUCCAGUGCGAGCGGAUCCCAGAAUGGUCAUGAUGAUGAGGUAGCACGGUCGGUGACUGUCCUCGCCGUCAGUACAGAUCAGGGCGCCACAUCCCCCCAGCUGCCAUCUCCAGCAUCAGGUGCCAGCUCAGCGGCUGGACGUAACCCAGGUGAUCAGAAUCCACCGAUCAACACUCUAUAUGUGGGCAAUUUGCCUACGUCCCCCGCUCCUGGUGGCUUUCCUCUCAAUUAUCUCGAAGAUCGACUGAGGGAUCUGUUCUCCAAACGACCAGGUUAUCGUAAGCUGUGCUUUAGACAGAAGAGUAAUGGGCCUAUGUGCUUUGUUGAGUUCGAGGACGUCAAUUAUGCCACCAAAGCCCUCAAUGAAUUGUACGGCAAUACCCUCAACGGCUUGGUGAAGGGUGGUGGUAUUCGCCUAUCCUACAGCAAGAAUCCACUAGGUGUACGCACCCCAACUAGCGCUGGCAAAGACUCCAAUUUUCCCCAGCAGCAAGGCCUCACGAUGGGACAGUCCUUCAAUGAUGCAUUUGCAACCCGACUGGGCGAUUCGGAUGCUGGCAGAGCAGGACGCCGUGAUACGGGCAUGACAUCGCCUACUUCCUCUUAUCAUUAUACAACGUCUCCUCCACCCCCUCGCUUUAUUUCACCCCCUCCUUUGGCGCCCUUCUCAGCUCCGCUGAUCAGUCCAACGGCCUUCCCCAGAGCCAAUCCUCAGGGAUUCAGCUUGGCGACGAAUGUCAAUAUCCCAUUCUCCCCGUUCGGCAUCUCUCAUUCAACGAUACCCGAUCAGCCCAGUGCUGAUGCCAGCAACGAUUCUCUCGCACACAAUUUGUCCUCGACUACACCCAACAUAGAGGCCAGCCGCGCCGGUUGA